AUGGCUGCCGAGCGGGGCCACGGGGAGCCGGCGGCGGCGGCGGCGGCCGUGACCACCCACCCCAGCAGCGACUUCAACCGCUUCCGCAACAAACUCUUCACCAUCAGGGCCUCGGAGAGCGAGAACUUCAAAACCGAGGUGAACCUGGUCUUCGAUCAGCUCAUCUCGGAGAAUUACCUCAGCCAUUCCAGCAUAAGCCGCGAGGAUGUGUGUUCGCUGCUAGUCCAAGCCUGUCGACUUGUCCAGUUAAACCAGGAGCAUCUGGUGAGCAAAAUGUGCCAACUAAUCCAUCAUUUGCUCAACCGCUUGCAGGUAACAGUGGAUGAACAGAGCUUGGAAUUACUCCUCUCCUACUGCAUCCGAGCCCUACAGCAGUGCAACUCUUGGACUCAUGUUGAAAUACUGCAGGCGGUGGCUGCUCUCGUCUACGGCAACGGGCCACGCUGCCAGAAGUUCCUUCCAGACCUACUUGGAAAAAAUGGCAUCUUACUGCAACUGAGUGCACCGACAGAGUCAGAUGUGGACCUGCGGAGGGCAGCUGUGUACUGCAUGGCUAAUCUCUGUCUCAGUGUACCUGGACAGGCUUACCUGGAGGAACAGUACAAAGUAGUGUCUCUGCAGACGUUUUUGAAUGUAUUGAGGAACCCAAAGACUCCUGAUGUUGAUGAUGUUACAGUUUGUAAGUUGUUGCAGAAUGCGCUGAAAGGAAUCCAUUCCAUCCUGAAUGCAGGAAGAAUUAAUUUGACCCAAGCUGACCAACUGGGGACUCUCCUGGCAGCCCUAAAGACAUACAUGUUUUAUGGUUUCCCUGGCGUGAACAUUGAAGUUCCUGUAGUUCUGUAUCCAGCUCCUCUGCCCCAGUAUGAAGGUAGUUCCUCCAUUAAAGAUCAGACGGGAAGUGCAACAAACACAUCGAAACAAGUUGGGCAUAAAAAAAAGAAAUCUCGAUCUAAAAAUAAGAAGGAACAACCAGAAGAUGAAAAGGAAGACCACAGUAACAAAGCCCAGCCAGAACCGCUCCAACAACCAGAGAAUGGGACACCGAGAGGAGAAAACAAUACGUUAAGCCUCCAAGGACCAAAGAACUACACCGACAACAUCGUGCCAUCCUUGGAUGGAAAAGAGACUUCAAAUUCCUUCUACCCUGCCUGGAAAAAAAUAAAUAGUUCUGACUCUGAGUAUUCCGAUACCGAGGGUGGAAUCCAGAGCAAACUGCGAUCACUUCAGGGAAAGGUCCGCCAGGGUGCUUUAGCCUGCUUCCUUUCAACUAUAAAAUCAAUAGAGAAGAAAGUUCUUCACGGCUACUGGUCGGCAUUCAUUGCAGAUGUUCCUGGCAUCGGAAGCCCACAAGCUGUGUCCUUGAUGACCAUUGCUUUAAAAGAUCCAUCACCAAAGGUCCGCGCUGGAUCCCUCCAAGUCUUGUCGGCCAUCUUGGAAGGGUCGAAGCACUUCCUGUCUGUCGCAGAAGACACCAAUGAUCAUCGCAGAGCCUUCACACCUUUCUCGGCCACCUUGGCCUCCAGCAUCCGUGAGCUUCACAGAUGUUUGUUGCUCGCCUUGGUGGCGGAAUCCUCCCCACAGACGCUCACACAGAUAAUCAAGUGUCUUGCUAAUUUGGUAACCAAUGUGCCCUACAAUCGCCUCAAACCAGGACUUCUUACCCGUGUUUGGAACCAGAUUAAACCCCACACCUGCUUCAGAGAUGUGAACGUGCGUGUGUGCAGCCUGACCUUGCUCGGGGCGAUCCUUUCCGUCCAGGCCCCUCUCCCUGAGGUGCAGCUGCUCCUGCAGCAGCCCAGCUCCCCCGGCCUUUCCAGCAGCGGGUCGGGGACCCCCCACCGCCUCAGUGAUGCCGAGUCCUGGAGAAAACCCCCGCAAGGUGCAAACCGUGAACGGGAGAAGGAGAUCCCGGAAAGCCCAGUGCAGGAGCUCUGCUGGCUGAUCCAGUUGUGCGUUUCCAUCAUUACCGUGCCAAAGUACGAGCCUUACUCCGACAGUGACACUGGUACGGGAACAGCAAGCAACUCGUAUGAAGCUUCUCCAGUACGAGUGGAGGCACUGCAGGUGUUGGCACUGCUUGUCAAGGGAUAUUUCACAAUGGCCCAGACCAGCUUGCUGGAGCUGGAGGAAGUUGCUUGCCUAUGCAUGGAAGAACAGGAUCCAUCUAUUCAAUUGCAUGGAGCCCGGCUAGUGGAGGAGAUUGGUUCAGGGAUUGUCCAACAACACAAACCAGACUCACCUACACCCCAGUGUCAACGAGUGCCCGUUACCCAGGUUGUGAACUUCUGGUCCAGGAUGUUGAACGGUCCUUUGCCGGGGGCUUUACAAAAUGAUGAACAUUCUACGCUCCAGACCAGCACCUGCGAUGCCAUCUCCUCAAUUUUGCCAGAAGCCUUCAACAGUCUGCCAAAUGAAAAUCAGAUCCUGUGCAUCACAGUGCUGCUCGGACUUAAUCACAGCGAGCACCCCUUGGUCAAGGCAGCUGCGGUGCGAGCUCUGGGCGUUUACAUCCUCUUCCCCUCGCUCCGACAGGAUGUGAUGUUUGUCGCUGACACUGCAAAUGCCAUCCUGACUUCCUUGGAUGACAAGUCCUUGAAUGUUCGCACCAAGGCAGCCUGGUCGCUGGCCAAUCUCACUGACACCUUGAUCGCUAACAUGGAGACCAUGGGCCGAGACUUUCAGGAAGAGCUCUCCGAUGUCCUACUUCUUAAAAUGUUGAAAUCAGCAACUCAUGCAUCACACGAUAAAGACAAGGUAAAAAGCAACGCAGUGAGGGCUUUGGGAAACCUGCUGCAUUUCCUUCAGCCUCACCACAUCUCCAAGACCCAGUUCAAGCCCGGCAUUGAAGAAUCAAUCCAAGCCUUGAUCCGCACUGUUCUGAGUGAGGCAACCAUGAAAGUGCGAUGGAACGCAUGCUAUGCUCUGGGAAAUAUGUUCAAAAAUCCAGCUAUUCCACUCGAUUCUGCCUCUUGGGCACCGCAGGCAUUCUGUGCUUUGACGUCGGUGGUAAAAACCUGCAAAAACUUCAAAGUGCGCAUCAAGUCAGCCAUGGCGCUUGCCAUCCCGGACUCCCGCCAGCGCUACGGCGACACCAAGCAGUUCUGCGAGAUCUGGAGCGCCCUGGUGCUGGCCUUGGAGAAGAGCGAGGAGACAGAGGACUUCCUGGAGUUUAAAUACUGCGCCAGCCUGCGGACUCAGAUCUGCCAGACCCUGCUCCACCUCCUGCGACUCGUCUCUGCCGAAGACAUGCCCUGCAUCCACAAGACUCUGUCGGUCAAAGGCAACUUAAUGCGAGUUUUUGUUCAGCGCUUCCUGACGUCGGCAGUGGAGGCGGAUGAAACGAUGACUCAGUCAGACCCACAGGAUAGAGCCAGGAUGCUGCAGGAAGCCGUCCAGAAUAUAAACAGCCUGCAAGAUGUGGCUCUUGACGAGAGGGAGAUGAUUGUCAAAUAUUUAGAUGACAUUUUUAAACAUUGUGUGGAACCCAUGCAGACAGAGACUGGUCCAAAAAUGACCCAGGCGUGAGAAUUGCUUCCUUUAAGGGCUAUCACCACUUUAUGCCUGCUUAUAUGCUGGAUGUAAUUUGCAUUGCAUUAUUUCAACAGCAAUGCCUGAUAUUAGCUUGUAUUUUAACGAAAUGUGGUGGGAUUGGAUAUAACAUUGGCUCCUCCACUUCUAGCCUCUGAGGAUUUGGGAUUGUGUUAGCUGGUGGCUGGAUUGAAAGCCCAGAGUGACCUUGGUCAACCAGAUGCCGGUUUACAAACGCAAAAGACACUAAGUGCUGGAGUAACUCAGCGGGUCAGGCAUCACCUCUGGAGGACGUGGAUAGGUGACGUUUUGGGUCGUCACAUUUCUGCAGACCACGACAUGAAUAGGCCAACCUUCGGUCAAAUAUUUAGAUGACAUUUGUAAACAUUGUGUUUAAAAAAGGGUGCCGACACCUAAUGUCACCUAUCCAUGUUCUCCUGAGAUGAUGCCUGACCCGCUGAGAUACUCCAGCACUUUGUGUCUUUUUUCACCCUUGUGUUUGUUCCAGAUUUGUCCAUGUUUCUUCCAGAUUUCAUUCCAAGUCUCCCAGAGGCGAUCACUCCUCGCUAGGUUCCAGUAAGUGUAUUCCCCCAUCACCCCCUCCCCCCCCGAUGGAAAUUGACUCAGAACUACUGUCGGCCUGACCGAGGAAGAGGAGCAAAGCUGAACCUGUGCAAUUGGUGGUCGGCUUCUAAUGUUAUAAACCAAAUAGAGGUCAGUUCACUUUCUGCCUAAGCUGAUGUGGGUGUGCUCAACGCCACACAGGGUCUCUGAGAUGGACAUGACACUGUCAUUAGUAAUAACACCUCCUUGACAAUUUUUUUUUUUAAGUGUGGGUGGAGUACAGAAUAAACUGAAAUGUCUUUUGAAGUGCCACAGUGUAUUCAGAGUAGGUGGGUGUACUGUGGAAUGGAAUAUUUUCAUUGUGUAUCUAAGCUCUGUCCUCAUUAUUGUUAGGCUACGGGUCAGUUUGCAUUUCUAUUUAUGUUUGUUUUUGUCACCCCUAUUGGAUCAACACUGCCCGUUCACUCCCACUAUAACAAACACUAGGAUUUCAGUUGUACAGUAAACUGAAUCCUUGUCUCUUUUGGAAAGUAGGCGUUCUUCAAACCUAAAAGUUGGAUUAAAGGAACUGAAAAUAAAUUUGCACUCAAAUUGCAUGUGAGUAUUGAAAGCACAUUCAACUUUGCAUCAUAGACUCAAGGGACUGCAGAUGCUGGCUUGCAAAAAAAAAAGACACAAAGUGCUGGAGUAACACUGGGUCAGGCAUCAUCUCAGGAGGACAUGGAUAGAUGACGUUUUUGGGUCGGGACGUUCAGAAUACAACAUGAACUGGCGACGUUUAGUCAGAAGCCUAUCCAUGUCCUCCAGAGAUGUUGCCUGACCCGCUGAGUUACUCCAGCACUUUGUGUCAUUUUUCAUCCUUGUUUUUCAAUCAAUGUUUGUUGUAGAUCUCUUUCAGAAGCCAGUUUGUAGCUCCACAUGGGUUUCUGCCAUAGGAAGGUUGAAGCCAAAUGCCCGAUGUACAUAAGAAGAGCUGCUCUUGAACUCUAUAAAGUAGUACCUGUUGUAGAGGGCUCUCAGCAGCUGCAACUUGCUCUCAUCUAUACUGAUCCAAAUCCAAGAUUGCAAUCCAAUGUCAGUGUUAGCUGCUUGCCGCGUUCAGGCCAACGAAAACAGAUUUCUGUCACGAGAGAGUCCCAAUUUUGGACCAACACUGACCAACAACUCACAACUUUUAGGAGAUGACAGAUAUUGAGAGUUGCGGCAGAGUUAAACCACGUUCCUUUUUCACAGAUGUAGAGUUUUAGACAUGGAGUUAUACAACACACAAACCAUCCCUUCAGCCCAACUCGGUCAGUGCCUGUCUGAGCAGUCCCGCAAAUCACUCCAAAUCUCUUCUAUAUAUGCAUACAUGUCUAAAAGUUUUUUAAAAAAUUGUAAUUGUAGCCAUCUCCACCACUUCCCCAUGCCGCUUGUUCCGUAUGCUUACCAUCCUCAGUGUGAAAUACUUGACCCUCACCUCUCCUUUAAAUCUCUCCCCAUCCACCUUCAACCUAGGCCUCUAGUUUUAGAAUGACAUCCCUGAAGAAAAGACUGCAGCUAUCUGCACUAUCUCUACUCCUCACGAUAAACCUCAACGGUCAAGCCCACAACAUCUAUUGUUCCAGCAACUUGUGACAGAUCAACUGAUCAAUCUCUUAUGCACACCUGUUUUUUCCAGUGGAAAAAAAGACACAAAGUGCUGGAGUAACUUAGCGGGUCAGGCAGCAUCGCCGGAGAACAUGUACAAAUGACAUUUUGGGUCGGGACCCUUGAAUCUGAAGAAGAUGAAGACCCAGUCUGAAGAAGAGUCCCGACCCAAAACAUCAUCUAUACAUGUUCUCCAUGGAUGCUGCCUAACCUGCUGAGCUGCAGCACUUCAGCAUUUUUAUGCCUUUUGUUUCGUAAACCAGAAUCUGCAGUUCCUUGUUUUUACUCUCUCUGUUUUAGCCAGUGAUUUAUUUUCUUAUGGGUACUUUCUCUGAAUUGGAAAAAAUCGUGAAACUUCUCAAUUUCUGGUCAAAACUACUUACUGCUGUACCAUUUGACAUUGCGCAUCCAAUGUAGCAAAGAUAUCCUCAAGGCAUUUUGCUUAAGUAUCAUCAAAUUACAUAAAAACCACCUCGAGCUCCAAACUGUUCCGAUGUCAUGUUUACUUUGAUGGGGUUGCAUACCAGGGAAAUGGCAUCAUCGAGUUAAGCAGGUUCUUCACAUGAUAGAGCUGACAAUUCCAGUUGUGUGUCUGAUCAGGACCACUAAAUCUUUUCAUCCUUCACAUACCCACCAUGUGAGAAAGCUUCUGGUCUUUCUGCUCUUGUUUCCCCCUGAACAAUUCUGGAUUCCAAACCAUAUUCAUCUGUUAACAGCAAUACAGUAAUAUUACAUAUAUGUGGUCUCCAGCAUCAACUGCAGCUACAACACAAUUCCCACUACCCCCUUCCCCAACAAGCAUCAGAAACGUUGAGAUUAAAGCUUGCGGAAGAAUCCUCGAAAGUUACUGAGCAAAACUCUGUGGUGGAGUGGAGAUUAUGCAGAAGACAUGACAGAGUAGACCUAUUGCAUCUCCUGUGCCAACAAGAGUUCCUGGAUAAAUCUCUCUUGAAAAUUGACCUAAAUCCGUUGAAACUUUCCGAUCGACUUCUCCUGUGUGUGUGGUUUGGCAAGACAAGGAUGAGUGGAAUCUUCCUCCAUUUUCCAGCAAGUUGAUGAGGAAUCGCCUCCCAAUUUCUCAAGUAGUGGAAACAAUGCCUUUUACUAGUCACUUUUCCUAUGAGUUUACUCGUUCAACUCUUUGGCUGUAAAGGACUAAGCUUUUGGAAUGUGCAAAAGCUUAUCUUUGGACCAAACUAUAUCACCAGGAAUCCUAAUAUUGACUGCAGUAUGAAUUAUCAUCACCAUCGUUUUGUGGUUUUCAAAUAACAUGUUUACUACAUAACGCACAAUGAUAUCUUUGUGCUUUAGUACUUGCCUCGAGCUAUAUGAUUUGAGUUUGGGCAGGGGUCCAAUUGUGUAGUUAUUCUUUGCAAUUUAUGUAUUGAUUGUAAUUUAGGAAACAUUGGAGGUCUUUGCCUAAUAUUUAUCCAUGAGGCAGAAUACCUUCCAACGUCAUUGUUGCUCUUUACGAGUCCUUUCUGUUUAUGAAUUUAAUCACUGCCUUUUGUAGAUUUCAACAUUGAGCACACUUCUGAACUAAAACUCAAAGUGUUGGAGGAACUCAGCGGGUCAGGCAGCAUCUGGGGUGGGAAAUGGACGGGCGACGAUUUGGGCUGGGACUCUUCUUCAGAUGCUGCCUGGCCCCCGCUUAGUUCCUCCAGCGUUUAGUGCUUUGCUCAAGAUUACAGCAACUGCAGUUUCUUGAGUCUCCACACUUUUAAAACAGUUCGGCUGCAAAGCGUUUUUGGGAUAUUCUGAGGUGUGAAAAAAAAAAGCAAUGUCAAUUAAUAUAUUUUUAGUGUGGAUUUGAAGGUUCAAUGUGUUCCAUGACAGUCAAGUACAGAUGACAGCGCAUUCAUUAAAUUCUCUUAUGAAAAAGAGAUCACAAGCCACCUAAUUUGUUGCACAGAAAUACCAGUGGAUUCAAAGCUGCCCAAACAUUAUUCCUUGCACUUUGUUGCUUUAUCCAAAUUCUGUUCUAUGCCUGAUUUACUGGUAACAUUUUAUCUACCUGUCUGAUCUACUGGUAACAUUUUAAUGUAACUCCACACCAUCUUGGUUGCAUUCAGUUUAUGCGCAUAAUGUAAUGUUCCGCCACUUUUCAAUUUAAUUCUAUAUUUAUGUUACUAAUUAAAUGAGAUUAUUUCUUUCAAUAAA